GGACAUUAUUUCGUGAAAUCGGAAUUUCGGAGGAAUUUUGAAAAAGGAAAAAAAAUAAAAUCCCUAUCAACUAUUUGUUCUUUCCCAUCACGAAAUUUCGACGAGAAAACGAAAAUUACAGCAGAUUGGAAACCAUAUGGAAGAAUCUGCUGCUGAGGAGAAAUCCAACGGUAUAGACGGCAAAGAAUGGCGGGCCCUACUUUCUCCCAUUUGUCGACAGAAAAUCGGUGACCAGAUAAUGGAAACUUUAAAGAAGCGCUUUCCAAUAUCUGGACACGAGGAAUUAGUUCAGCUUCAAAAAAUUGCUGCAAGUUAUGAGGAAGAGAUUUAUAUUGAUGCCACGAGCCUGUCAGAUUACCUGCAGAAAACAUCUAUGAAGAUGCUUACAAUGGAGAAUAAACCUCAGCGUGCUGGUGCAACUAAUUCUUCGCCAUCAAAUUCUGCUGGUGGGAUUGAAAAUCCCUCAGAUCCAGAUAUGGGAAUGCCUGCUGCUCAAGGAGUAUCCAACGGCAUUGUCAGUAAUGAUCUGCAGGCCCUUUUUUUUCCCAAUGCUCGACAGAAGAUCAUUAAUAAGAUAAUGGUGAUGUUAAAGCACUUACCAAUAUCUGGACCCCAGGGAUUACUUGAGCUUGAAAAAAUCGUUGUAAGAUUUGAGGAAAAGAUUUAUAUUAAUGCCAAGAGCCAGAUGAUGAACAACAUUGUUAAUUUGCCACCGUUCGAUGAAGCAACAAAUUCUGUGAAUGCAAUUUGGACUCACGAGCAGGAGAAUUUCUUUAUAGAGCUAAUGGUCUCAAAGAUAAGGGCAAAUCCAAAUAGGCAAACAUUGACCUUCAACAAAGAAGAGUGGAAAGAAAUGCGGAUAGACUUUUACCAUCGAUUUGGGAAGAAGUAUGAUAACAAACAAUUUAAGAACAAACAUCAUCAUUUGAAGCAAAGGUGGAGUUGCUUUAGUAAACUUUUGAAAGAAGCAUCUGGACUGGGGUGGGAUCCAGUCUUGCAAACGGUGACCGCAGAGGAUGGAUGGUGGGAUACAUAUUUGAAGAUAAACCCACAAGCAUCCAAAUUUCGUAAGGCUGGAUGUCCCGAGUAUGAUCAGCUUUGUUUAAUAUUUGGAGACACAACUGCAAGCGGACACCUCCAAGCUUCACACAAGCAUACAUUUGAUAUCAUUGAUGUUGAGUAUGCGGAAGAAGCAAUUGCUAUUGAAGAAAAUUUGGCUAAAAGUGUUCCCUCCACUUCUCUUCCUUCCAAUCCUUUGCCAUUAACUCAAGUUGGAGUAUGUCGCUCUAGACAUCGCUCACGUACACCACCUAGUAUUAGCCGCCGUGGACGGAGGGAGAGCAAUACUAAUGAUCUCUCCAGCAUGAUUAGGUUCGUGGCCGAAGCUACCCACAGGAGGGAAGAUCAGAAGGACAAGUACAGUAUAGAAGCUGUCAUGCAGAUUUUGGAGGAGAUGACUAAUGAGUUGGACGACCGUGUCUACUUUAAAGUCAUUGAGUUGCUCCAGCAACAAGGGUGGAGGGAGACAUUCAUUCUUAUGCCAGAUCAUCGGAGGAGAGCCCUCUUGUUGAGGAUACAAGAGGACUGCAGUUAGAUGUUCUUUUCAUGGUACCAUCUUUUGCUUCUUAGGCAUAGACCUAUUUUAUUUUAGAUGUUAUAACAAUAGAUGGGAUGGAUGCUAUUAACACUCAAUUCACAGCUUGGCAUGGACCUUUUCUGUUUCAAUUGUUUCAUUUUGUUUGGAUGGGUAUUUCUUUUUGUAAAUGGUUUGGAUGUUUUAAAUGUUACAAGUGCAUUAAUGAGAAUGUUUAAAAUUUUAAUUUGGAAUGGUUUUUAUUGUUUCAA